AUGGACGCGCUAUUUCUCCCACUGGCCAACGCACUUGGUGCCAGCGUUGACCAAAUUAAGCUCAUUUCAUGUCUGCUCAUCGCAUACCCGCUGGGAAGUCUCUUCGUACGCGUGCCGACGUCGCAGCCUGCGCUUCGUCACCUCUUCAGUGUCGUUGUCGCGGUGUUCUUCUUCUUCCCGAUGCUCCAGAUAUAUUCCGCCUUCUUUCAGCUUUUAGGAAGCAUUCUGGCAACAUACCUCAUUGCCAAAUAUGAUAAAAGCAGCAGGAUGCCUUGGAUUGUCUUUGUCGUCGUAAUGGGGCAUUUGACGGUCAAUCAUGUCAUUCGUGCUGUGUACGGAUUUAGUUACGAGACCAUGGAAGUUACGGGCCCCCAGAUGGUCCUGACUAUGAAACUGACGACUUUCGCAUGGAACGUGUGGGAUGGAAGGCGCAAGUCUGAGGACUUGGACAAAUGGCAAUCCGCAAAGAAAAUCACGACAUUCCCUUGCCUUCUCGAGUUCCUUGGAUACUCGUUCUACUUUCCGGGAAUCCUUGUUGGUCCCUACCUCGAUUUCGCCGAAUACAUGGACCUCAUAAACGAAACUGUAUUCCAAGCUGAGCAUGUGAAAUCAAAAACCAAAGCCGGACGCCGCCUACCAUCAGGCAGGAAACGUACAGCCUACACCAAGAUGUUGAUGGGACUUAUAUAUCUCGGCUUAUUCGUGGUGUUGGGAGGAACAUAUAAUUUUGCCGCGGCACUCACGCCUUCUUUUGCCAAAAAGAGUCUCCUCACAAGGAUCGUUCUCUUCCAAGCAUUUGGACCUGUAGAACGCGCUAAAUACUAUGCCAUUUGGACUCUCACAGAGGGCGCCUCGAUUCUCACUGGCUUAGGUUUCACUGGUUUUGGCCCGCAUGGCGCAGCUCACUGGGACGGUGCCGCUAACGUCAAAGUGCUGCAAAUUGAAUUCCCUUCCAACUUCAAAGUUCUCCUGGAUUCGUGGAAUAUGAAAACAAACGUCUGGUUACGAGAGUGUGUUUAUAAGCGUGUGACCCCCAAGGGCAAGAAGCCAGGCUUCAGGAGCAGCAUGAUUACAUUCGCUACCAGUGCUUUCUGGCACGGGAUCGCAAGCGGAUACUACCUUACUUUCCUCAUGGGCGGUUUCAUCACUACCGUCGCCCGUUUGGUGAGAACCAGCAUUCGACCGCUUCUUCUCCCCCCUCCCUCUGCGCCAGCGCACACCCCUCCCUCAUUCGCGAAAAGUAUCUACGACAUCGUGGGCACCGCAACAUCCAUCCUCAUCCUCAACUACGCUGCGUCCCCCUUUAUCAUCUUGACAUUCAAGGACUCUGUGAAGGUUUGGGGCUUGCUGGGGUGGUAUGGUCACAUUUUGAUUGGCGGCGCGCUGGUGUUCUUCUAUGGCGGGGGCAGCGGAUUCUUUAGAAGGCUGCAGAAGACGAAGGGGCUUUUGCCUCCUCCAAGGCCGGCAGCAAAUGGAAACGUUACCGCAACGGGAACCCCGAUUGCCGAGAAGAAUUUCGUGUUGCCACCCUCGUUGGACAAGGUCGUUCCACCCAAUGCUCAAAGUUAG